GGCGGUGUGUGUUGGAGGAAGAGAGUUGGCUCUGGACUGACAGCCAAAUAACUCAGAAAAUUCUCGGCCAAUGUGCUGAAGUUUCCCGGGUCUGUGUUAGGGAAAGGGGACGAGGGCGUCUCCAUUUCUAACGCCCAUCGCGUUUUAUGGCUCGAUAACAGGAUUUUAUCGAGCGAUGUUUCGCUAAUCGAGCGCGCGCACUGCUGCUCCACAAUAUACAAAAACAAACGCGUAUUUUCGCCUCUUUUAAGGGCAGGAAGGUGUGCUUUUACUAAGUUUUGUUUUAUGAUUUAAAGAGCUCCCAUCGCAUGUUAAUGGUGAUUUAAAUUUGAUACCACGAUGGCAGUGAAGGCUCAGGUAUUGUAUGACUUCAUCGCUGAGCCAGGCAACAAUGAGCUGACUGUUCAAGAGGGUGAAAUACUCACGGUCACUAACCAGAAUGUCGGUGGUGGUUGGGUUGAAGCCCAGAACUCCAGAGGACAAGUAGGUCUCGUGCCAGAGGACUAUAUUGAGUGCAAAGCUGGUCCCACACAUGCAGCAGCGACACCGUACAGUGAAGCCCACAAUCAUGAUGAUUACAACAACAGUUCUGCAAACACUCAGGGGGUUAAUGGAAAUGAGGCUUGGACUGCCACGACAUGGUCCAACAACUGCCCUGCGGACAACUGGAACCACACUGAACAGGAACCAGCAUGCAAUAAUGGUUCUGUCUAUUCCUACGAUGAUGAAUGGGAUGAUGAUUCUGAUGAUGGAAAGUCGACAGGUGGUUAUGGCGGGCCUCAGAUGGAGGAGGGCGGAACAAUGCAGCGGGGUGGAGCUCACUCUACAAUGAAGAUAUCUCUCAAUAAGUUUCCAGGGUUCUCCAAGACCCCAAAUCCAGAGGUGUAUCUGCUUACCAAACACAUAGCUAAAGGAAUAGACAAACUGCCAAUAUAUUCAGGUGAGGUGGGUCCCGUAUGGUUGUAUCCUCAAAUUCAGUUAGACUGUGUGGUGGCCGAUCCCAAGAAGGGUUCGAAAAUGUACGGUCUGAAGAGCUACAUUGAAUACCAAGUCACACCUAAUACUACAAACAGACCGGUCAACCACAGAUACAAACACUUUGACUGGUUAUAUGAGAGGCUUGUGGAGAAGUUUGGCUGUGCUCUACCCAUCCCAUGUUUACCUGACAAGCAAGUUACAGGCCGAUUUGAAGAGGAAUUUAUCAAAAUGCGCAUGGAACGCCUGCAGGGCUGGAUGUCUCGCAUGUGCCGACAUCCGGUGAUCUCAAACAGUGAAGUUUUCCAGCUCUUCCUUAACUACAAAGACGAGAAGGAAUGGAAACUAGGGAAGCGGAAAGCAGAGAAAGAUGAAACUGUGGGAGUGAAGAUAUUCUCCACCAUAGACCAAGAGCUCCCAGAGUUAGAACCUGCUCAAGUGGAGCAGAAGUGUGAAAUGUACAGCCAGUUUACUAGAUCUAUGGACAAUGGAGUAAAAGAACUUCUGGUUGUUGGUCAUCUUCACUGGAAGAGAUGCACAGGCCCCUUGCAAAAGGAGUAUCGGCAGAUUGGAAAAGCAUUUCAGAACCUGUCGUCAGUUUUCAACACCAGCGGAUACCCGAGGGAAUCCACUCUAACUGAUGCAUUAACUGCAACAGGGAAAACAUACGAAGAAAUAGCAGAGAUCGUUGCUGGGCAGCCAAAAAAAGAUCUGCACUUCCUAAUGGAAACAAACACCGAAUACAAAGGACUUCUGGGCUGCUUCCCUGACACAUUAGGAGUUCACCGGGCUGCCAUUGAUAAAGUCAAAGAGGCUGAUCAUUUGGUGACGUUGAAUAAGAUUAGCCUACAAGAUAAACACACGAUGGAAAAGAAUCUUAGCACCAUGUCUUAUGCUUUACAAGCGGAGAUGAAUCAUUUCCAUAGUAACCGUAUCUAUGACUACAACAGACUCAUGCAAUUCUACCUGGAGGAACAGGUGAAAUUAUAUGAGAACAUUGCUGAAAAACUGAAGAAAGCACUCAGCCAGUAUACUUCCAUGUGAGGACACCGUCAACCGCAAUACUCAUCAAACUGUGACAAACAUAUGGUUGCUGCUUAUGCUCUUCUUUUUUUUAACCCGAAUUCACAAUUAACCAUCUUGUUUUCAUUUAACAAAUUAAAUUGAAUUAUUGCUUUUUUUAAUAUAGAAUAUAUACAUUGUAAGGGAACAAUGUCAGGUGUGCACAUCAUAAGAUGCAAAUCAUUAACCAAACAUUCCAUUCAAGAGGAACAAGAUAAAUAAAGAACAUAACUGUUACAGCAGCUUUCAUAAGUUAACACACUCCCCGAUAUUAAGACAUUUAAUUUUCUUUGAAUAAAGUUAAGGUCUCUCAGGGACUUGUGCUCAGGCUGGGUCUUCUACCAAAAUGUUUAUUAACGUCUUAAUUAAAUUGUCUGACAUGAUUUUAUUUGUUUUAUAGUGUAGUAUAAAUAUGUCAAAUAUAUAGUGGUUUGUAUUAGAAGCAAUAUGGGCAUUGGCUUUUACCCAAGGUAAAAUGUUAAUGCAAAUACAAAAAAAUGUCUCUGUAUAAAAUGUUUUUAACAAGCCCUCCAAUGUGUAAUAAAAAAUGUCUUUAUACCUUU